CUCUCUACCCCGCCUCCGCCCGCCCGCCGCGACCAUGGUCUCCAAGUCCGACCAGCUCCUCAUCGUCGUGUCCAUCCUCGAAGGUCGUCAUUUUCCCAAACGUCCAAAGCAUACGCUUAUAGUAGAAGCAAAAUUUGAUGGAGAGCAGUUGGCUACUGAUCCUGUGGACCAUACUGACCAGCCAGAAUUUGCUACUGAGCUAGCCUGGGAAAUUGAUAGGAAAGUUCUUCAUCAGCACAGGUUACAGCGUACUCCAAUCAAACUCCAGUGCUUCGCCUUGAAUCCUUCAUCUUCAGCCAAAGAAGUCAUAGGUUACAUUGUUCUGGACUUAAGAACUGCUCAAGAAACAAAACAGGCACCAAAAUGGUACCAGUUGCUGAGUAAUAAAUACACCAAGUUCAAGUCUGAGAUACAGAUAAGCAUCACUUUGGAAACAGAUACAAAAGCACCGGUGGAUAGUUUUAAAGCAAAGGGGGCCCCCCCUCGAGAUGGAAAAGUGCUUGCUAGCCUCCCUGGACUUGACCCGAAGGACAUUGUAGCGGUGCUGAAUGAGGAGGGAGGUUACCACCAGAUUGGGCCAGCAGAGUAUUGUACUGACUCCUUCAUUAUGUCAGUGACCAUAGCCUUUGCCACCCAGUUGGAGCAGCUAAUUCCAUGUACCAUGAAACUUCCAGAAAGACAACCUGAAUUUUUCUUUUACUAUUCUUUACUGGGAAAUGAUGUCACAAAUGAACCCUUCAAUGAUUUGAUCAAUCCAAACUUUGAGCCAGAGAGAGCAUCUGUUCAUAUUCGCAGCAGUGUAGAAAUGCUUCGUGUUUACUUGGCUCUUCACUCUAAACUACAGAUCCAUCUCUGCUGUGGAGACCAGUCUCUGGGCAGUACAGAAAUACCUUUAAGUGGAUUGCUAAGAAAGGGCAGCACAGAAAUCAACCAGCGCCCUGUCACAAUUGAGGGUGCUUUUACCCUUGACCCACCAAAUCGAGCUAAACAAAAGCUUGCACCUAUUCCUCUGGAUCUGGCCCCAACUGUGGGAGUGUCUGUGGCCCUGCAGAGAGAAGGCAUCGAGUCCCAGUCUUUAAUUGAAUUAAAGACCCAGAAUGGACAUGAGCCUGAGCAUUCAAGCAAGAGAGUUUUAACCCCCGUAAAGGAGAGGACACUUGCUGGGCCAAAGUCACCAAGUGUGUCCCCUGCUCCAGCUCGCGACCAGACACCUCCAACCAAAGAUGAAGCGACGGAGAGUGAGGUGGAAAGCCUACAGUACGAUAAGGAACCAAAACCAAGUCCCAAGGGUAUUAGUUCUUCUCUACCUGCUUCAGUGGCCCAGCCAGUGGCUCCAUCCAAUGUUUCAGAAACAGCUUCACGACAGAAGAUUGCUGUUCCAGCAACAUCACAUCAUUUUUGCUUUUCCAUAGACUUGAGGAGUAUCCAUGGCUUGGAAAUUGGCUAUCCUGUCAACUGUAUAUUAAGGUACUCCUAUCCAUUCUUCGGAAGUGCAGCUCCUAUCAUGACUAACCCCCCUGUGGAAGUUCGGAAGAACAUGGAAGUUUUUCUCCCCCAGUCUUACUGUGCAUUUGAUUUUGCAACUGUGCCUCAUCAGCUGCAGGACACCUUCUUACGGAUUCCCCUGCUCGUUGAAUUGUGGCACAAGGAUAAAAUGAGUAAAGACUUACUCCUGGGUGUUGCAAGAAUCCAGCUUUCUAACAUCUUGUCUUCAGAAAAAACUCGAUUUUUAGGCUCAAAUGGUGAACAGUGCUGGCGCCAAACAUACAGUGAGAGUGUGCCUGUUAUAGCAGCACAGGGGGCAAAUAACAGGAUAGUAGACCUUUCUUACACAGUGAUUCUAGAAGAUUAUGGACUAGUAAAAAUGCGUGAGAUUUUUGUCUCUGAGUCUUCAUCUCAGGGUUUAUCUACUGUACAACAGAAGACACCUUCACUUCCUCCAGCACCUUGUCCCUCAGAGGUUCAGCUGGAGCCUCGCGAAACUUUGGAAUACAAAGCAGCCCUUGAGCUGGAGAUGUGGAAGGAGAUGCAAGAAGACAUUUUUGAAAAUCAGUUGAAGCAGAAAGAAUUGGCUCAUAUGCAAGCUCUUGCUGAGGAGUGGAAAAAAAGAGACCGAGAAAGAGAAUCGUUAGUGAAGAAAAAGGUGGCUGAAUAUAGCAUUCUAGAGGGAAAACUUCAAAAAACCCUAAUUGAAUUAGAGAAACGAGAGCAGCAGCUGGCCAGUGCAGAAUCCGAGGUUCAAAGGGAGAAAAGGGAACUGCAGUCUGAACGCGAGCGGAACCUACAAGAACUUCAGGACUCCAUCCGUAGAGCCAAAGAAGACUGUGUUCACCAAGUGGAGCUGGAGAGGUUGAAGACUCGGCAGAUGGAAGAGGAUAAACACCGGCUUCAGCAGCAGCUUAAUGAUGCUGAAAAUAAAUAUAAGCUUUUGGAAAAAGAGUUCCAACAAUUCAAGGAUCAACAAAACAACAAACCAGAAAUACGUCUCCAAUCUGAAAUAAAUCUUCUCACCUUGGAAAAGGUUGAACUUGAAAGAAAGUUGGAAUCUGCAACUAAGUCUAAACUCCAUUAUAAGCAGCAGUGGGGACGAGCUUUGAAAGAACUUGCCAGACUUAAACAGAGGGAGCAAGAGAGUCAAAUGGCUCGUCUUAAAAAGCAGCAAGAAGAAUUGGACCAGAUGCGACUGCGUUACCUCGCUGCAGAGGAAAAAGAUACAGUGAAAACUGAGCAACAGGAAUUGUUGGAUAUAAGAAAUGAGUUGAACAGGUUAAGGCAGCAAGAACAAAAGCAGAACCAGGCUUCCAGCGAGACUGCGAGUAGAAGAAUGGGAGGUCCACAGGGCUCUACUGAAGAGGAAGGUUUGGAUGAUUACCUGACUCGCCUAAUAGAAGAAAGGGACACUCUGAUGAGGACGGGUGUGUACAAUCAUGAGGACCGGAUCAUAAGUGAACUCGACCGACAGAUCAGAGAGGUUCUGACUAAAAACAGUGCCAGUAAUUAGUAACAUUUGGAAAGUCUCUUCAGAGACUCCAGGUCUAAAUUUUCAUUUCAUUUUAAUAUCGUCAAAAAUAGAGAAAAUAGAUAUUUUUAAAUGCUCCAUUCAGUUUUUAUAAGCUGGAUUUUAUAUAUUACUGUACAGUAUUUAUUUGAUUUCAUUUACUUUAUGCUACCUCUCCCAUGCCGGUUUUAUUUGUAAUUGCAUUUUAUAUACUCAUUUAAAAUGACUCUUCACAGUAUUUCUCAGUUUAAAUGGCUAGCUUUCAGAACAGCUUUUCAUUAAAUUUGUUCUAGGAGAAAUGGCCUCAGUCAUUUCCAGUUGUAGAGUUUAUGUUGAGCCGAAAGAAAAUAUGUUGCACUUUAAAGAUGCUGCGUCUUGUUCCAUUUGAUUGUAGGUAGCAUAAAAACUGAGGCCAGCUAGUCACGUAGCUAUUUUUUAAAAACUCCAUUUUAUGUGACCUGUCUUUUUCCUUGUAUUACUUUGAACGUGUAUUACUUGCAAAAGACAAGCUUGACAACAGCAGUGUCAGUGCAGGGAAGCCAUGUGACAGACUGGGGCGAAGUCAUCAUUUGUUUAAUGCAGUUCACAUAGUUUAGGCUUGUCUCAAGAGCUUUUCGAAUCGUCAGAUUUUCAGUGUACUCAAUAAUCCCUGUCAGUCUCCUGCUCAAGACGGCAAUAUUUGCUUUUGGAAUUUUUUUUCCCUUUUCCGGUACUAGAAAUAUCCUAGCUGUUAAGCCUUCUGUCAUAGAAUAUGGAAACAGACACAAAGGCUUUAGCAAAAAACAAAGAGAAGCAGAACUGGUGCUUUUUUGUUUUUGUUUUUGUUUUUCUUCCUGUAAUAUUAAUCAGUCUUUGCAAAGCACAUGAGCUUAUGUCCCUGGACCCCACAGCGCCGUGUCUGCGUGGAACUGCAGGGCUCCAGCCCCUCGUGCUCUUCAGAGCCACUGUUAGUUCUCAGCGCCACAUUGCACACUUUACACAGAAUUGAAAAGGCUUAUUGGUGAAUUCUCAGAUUAGGUUGGGUCUUCAAAAAUUCAGAUUUCCAAUUAUACAUUUAAGUCUGUACUUUAGGAAGUAUUAUUAGUAUCUACCAUUAACUUUAAUAAAAGCAGAAUAGAUUAUCUAGUAAUGCUAAAUUAAUUUUCUAUUACUUUCAACAAAGUAUAUUUAUUUGGGAAACUAAAGCCCUAUCCUAUUAUAUAUAUAAAUAUAUUUUUCCUUUAUUAACAAAGUUUAAUUUUCUAAAAACCUGACAAUAACAGAUAAAGUUACUGAAUGAGAGGAUAAUGAAUCAGCUAAUCAUAGCAGGAAUUUGAAAUAUGAAUUAUGGUUCGACAUUUUUCUCUCGUUGAUUUUAUGCUACAUGAAUCAAACAAAAGUGUUCUUUUUGUUGGACUGUGUGAUGCCUAUAAUGUUCCAAACACUAGAGGGGGCCUUAGAUUUAAAGAAACAGAAAGGACUUUUCUAGAAUGUUUGUGUGGUUUAUUUUUGCCUUCUGGAAAGCUAUCUCUGGCUAUUGUAAUUUAAAAAAUAAAAUCAUAAUUGUAUGCGUA